AUGAGCUCUGGAGACGAAAGUUCUACAAGCCAGACAAUACCUCGUCCUGCCAGGAGUCGAGGUCGUCCAAAAAAACGUCCUCGCCCGCCUUCGCGCAAGAAACAAUCUCAACCCAUAGUCACGAUUGAAUCGGUAGACAUUUCGUCGAUGGAUAUAUCUAUGGAUUCGACACCUCUAAUAGCGUCGUCCCCAUAUGCAGAGGCUAGUGCAGAAGAUAAUGAUAGCACACCUAUGUCCACUCCGGUCAAGCGAAAACCAGGUCGACCGAGAAGAGAGCAAAUCAAACGACGGAAGAAGGAGAAUGGAAGAAUUGAUAGAAAAGGCAUUAUGGAAGAGGGUAUGGAUGAAGACGAAGAGGUAGAAAGGAAGAAUAGUGAUGAGGGAUUCAAAGAGAAUAUUGUUCUUGUUGAUAGUAAUAAACGUGCGGAAUUGACGGAUAAGAGUACAGAUAAGACAACGGAAAGCUCGGUAGCAACUAAAGAUACAGAAGAUGAGAAGGGUGAACAAAAGAUUACAAGAGAUGGACUAUUAUUAGGAGGCCGACACUUCAAGGUACCAGUCUUCCAGCUUCCUACAAGAGGUAGCACGUGGUAUAUGAUGGCCAUGGAACCAGCUAAACUCCUCGGCUUCCGCGAUAGUUAUCUCUUCUUUCUUCGGAACCCUUCUCUAAAACGUAUAUAUGCCACAGAACAAGAACGCGAAUAUUUAAUAGAUCGAAACAUCCUUUCAUCGAAUUUCAGAAAUCGUCAAAUAGCCCUAGUUUCUGCUCGUUCGACCUUCAAAGUAUUUGGAUAUAAAAUUAUCAAAGGCGGCAAACGGCGUAGAGAUGAUUACUAUGAAGCCGAGGUACCGGAUGGGUAUGAUGACGAUCCUUCAGACUACGAUGUCAGCGAGUCUACCAUUCCGGGGGGGAACGGGAUAAAACGGAAUACGAAUAGUCUAGCGUCAUCCAAGGCACAUGCGGUACUGGAUGAGACUAAUUGGAUGUAUCAGAGUGCUUUGGCAAUAAGAGAGUUUAAUACUCAAUUACGGCUACAUCGAAGAGAUAAUCCUAAAUACUACGAUCCUCAUACCAAUUUCGAACACGUGCCACAGGCAACACAACCUACGCGAAUGCGAAUAGAAUGGGCAAGCGAGCCACAAAAGUAUCCGUCGUUUGAUGUUAGAGUUGAAGAUAGGCAGCCUGAGAUCACAUUUGUCGAUAGAGAGACGAACACAUUAGGUGAUCUAGAUGAGGAAGUGUUAGAAGUAUUGCCUCAGGAUAUAAAAGACAUUGUCACGGAGAUGAGGGAGAGGGCAGAGAGCGAGGAAGCUCAUGGAUGGGAGAUGUAUCCAUUGGCGCUAAUGGACGGACAAUAUCAAUCAACUUUCUCAAUGUACUGUGUAUGA